UGUUACGAAUGCUGCGAUAAUGAGGUCGCGGAAUCUAGAGGCAGCGAUACGUUAGCUAGAUAGUCGCUGUAAUCGCUCGCUCGUUCACUCCAGUGCCACUUUAAACUGCGGUGUUUAAUUCCGUUCAGUGAAUAUCACGACUGUUGCAUAGGAUUCUAGUACAAAGAGUCUGCUGUGUGAUAUUCAGCAUGGAGUUAGCAAAAGUUCUUGUUCUGGUGAAUAUCAUCUGCAUCAGCCGUGUGGUCGUUGGCGACGAAAUGUGCCCCAGGAUGGUGGAGCCGGUGGUGCUGGUGCACGGCGGCGCCGGCGACAUCCCAGACAGCCAGGACCAGCCCAAGCUGGAGGGCGUGAGGCGGGCCGCCAAGGCGGGCUACGCCGUGCUGGAGCAGGGGGGCAGUCUGCUGGACGCCGUGCAGGCCGCCGUCGAGGUCAUGGAGGACGACGAGGCUUUCAACGCAGGACAUGGCUCUGUUCUUAAUGCUGACGGAGAGGUUGAAAUGGAUGCCAUCGUUAUGGAAGGAACAGGACUUAAUGCAGGAGCUGUUGGUGCCAUCAAGAAUGUAUCUCACCCAGUGUAUGUAGCCAGACUGGUGAUGGAGAACACAUCGCAUGUUUUACUCGUUGGUGAUGGUGCGAAACGUUUUGCUAAUGAUAUGGGAGUUCCAGAUGUGCCUAUGGAAUCCCUGAUAACACAGAAAGCAAAAGACGCUUUGGAAAAAUUUAAGAAGAGCAAAAGUAAUGAUCCAACUAGAACAGAACUGGGAGGUGUUGGCACUGUAGGAGCAGUAGCUGUGGAUUCUGAGGGUCAUGUAGUAUGUGCAACCUCCACUGGUGGAACGAGUGGCAAAAUGGUUGGACGUGUUGGCGACACUCCUAUACCAGGUUCAGGAGGAUACAGUGAUGAUCAGAUUGGCACUGUAUCCACUACAGGUGUUGGUGAAUCUAUUAUGAAAGUUAAUCUGGCCCAUCUCGUUUUGAAUAUUAUGAAACAAGGUAAAACUGCUCAAGAAGCAACAAUCGAAGCGGUUAAUGAAAUGACAAAUAGGGUUGGUAAAACAGCAGGUGCUAUAACUCUUUCUAAUGCAGGAGAUAUUGGGAUUGGGUUCAAUUCAAAGAAAAUGGCUUGGGCAUACCAGAAAGGCAAUGAAGUACAUUAUGGUAUCAGAGAUGGUGAUGACUUUAUAGAACAGAUCAAUUAAAUUUUAAUUUUGCCUUCCAGAAUGACCAGCUUUAUAUCCAGUUGAGCAACAUCAGAAUUAUGUAAAAAGUUUAUUUUCCACACAACAUAAUUGUAUAUUAUGGCCACAAUAAACAAAAAUCAGGAACUGUAGUUACUCAUAUGUAGUUGCAUGAUGUAUGAAACAUCGAAACAUGUUAACAACACAGGCAUGUUACUUCCUAUUGAGCUACAACACUUUUCUUAGUACAUGUAUAUAUUUCCUCAAAUACAGUUCUACAGACACUCAGUCACACUGACUUGUGGUCACACUGCAACUGACUGUUUCUGCUUGUAACCUAUUUCUCGGUUAAUAAAAGAUGUUAAUAAGUAAA